AUGUCUGGGGCAAUGGACUUUUUACCUCCAGAGGCGAAGAAUAGCAAACGGGAAAGGAAAUUCAAGGUCUACAUCAGCAAAGGCGAACUGGAACGAAUUCACGAGUGGGUAAAAGCGAAACCUGAUAUCCAAACAGGUUAAUGUUGUUUACAUGUUUAUUGCAACGUAAAUAAAUAAAAUACAGUAAAUAUCCGAACCAUCAUCUUCUCAAUGAAAGGCUGCAAUGGUUUUUCAAUAACGUUUCCUUCGCAUGAGAUAAUACAGAGUCGUAUCUAGGUCUGCAAACAAGUUGUUACAAGUCUGUUCACAAGCUGUCGACAAGUUGUGUUCGCAUUGCUUGUUCCCAGAUGUUGUAACAAGUUUGGAACAAGCUGUUAACAACUUUUAACAAGCAUGAUGGCAUUAUCAGACUUGUUACAACAAAUCUGAUACUGUUGUUCUAACAAGUCUGAUACAGUCAUGAUAUAACAAGAAUGUUACAAGUUUGCAGACACAAAGUUGUAACAACAAUAUCACAACUGUAUCUGACUUGCUGGAACAACCUUGCAACAAGUCUGAUAUAUCAACAAGGUUGCUACAACUGUUAACAAGUUGUUCCAUACUUGUUGACAACUUGGGACAAGCAGUGCGAACACAACUUGUUGACGGCUUGUUGGCAGACUUGCUACAAGAUCGAAGAUUUUCGCGUGUGUAGUUGGGCAAGCGUAGACAAGCUUAUAAGCAGUUACUUCAUCUUGACAUACAGUAAAAUGCUCUGUCUGUUUGCCGCAUUAUACAACAUGCAAGGAGUAACAUCUUUUCUUCGCCCAAGUCCGUCCAGACAGAUCAUCCGUCGCUAGGAUAGGUCUAGUCAAUUCACGAAAUAAUAUCUGUCUAUAAUUUUAAGGUGGUGAUCUGUUCGGCUUAUGGCUCGACGAGAGCACAGCUGUGGUCCAAUUUGUUCUCGGGCCUGGCAAAGAUUGUCGCAGGACAACAACAUCGUUCUUUCAAGAUAUUUCUUAUCUGGAACAUGCCGGAAGCUAUUUUACAAAACAACACGGACUUUGCAACAUUGGUCAAUGGCACAGUCAUCACGAAAUACCGUUGUUUGAACCGAGUGCUGGUGAUUACAAUAUUGUGUGGAGUAACAUGCCUACAUUAGGUAUUUAACUAUGUAUUUGUUUUGCGAUAUAGUGAAGUAUAAAUAUAUCUUUUGGACAAUUUUUAAUACUUUCGCUUCAGUCUCUCUGACCGAGGUUUGUUUCCUGCGAUAAACAAUUGUCUGAGAGUCGAAUGCUUCUAGUUUGACUCUGUCAAGGGAGAACAAUUUAGAACGUUUCAGUGUAAAUAAAGUUAGUUUAGUUCAGGUUUCUUCCUGUAUACUAACAUUGGACAAAUACAGGUAUAAAGGAAUGGCCCUAACUUGGCUUCCAAAGAAGAGUUAAAAUUAAGCUCUUAAUUCUUACAGGUUUGGAGAGAUACAUUGUAUUCAUCGCAAAUAUAAAAGACUCUGAUGUCACAGUAAAUUGCUUUCUGUUCGAGAUUAAAAAUGGUCAAAAGCUUCCACUUAAGAUAGGCUGCAUUGACGAACUUCAAGGAGAAAGUCCCUUGCGUUUGAAUAAUGCUGUGAUGGAAAUCGUAAGGAUUGGAGCUGAGAGCUUGAACGAGAAAGACCAAGUGUCUGGGCCUAUAGAAGGAAACUCUGGUCAAAGUGAAACUGAAAGCACAACGAUAGCCGAUGAAGGAAUCCCUACAGAGAAUGGAAUGUGUGGUACUCUUAGUAUUGAUGACAAAGAUAAGACAGUUUUUGCUAGUACGAGUGCCUCCGAAAGCAAGGAGAUAGUUGAUAACAGUGGAAGAGAGACCAGCAACAACGCUAUCAACAACGACAACAGCAACAACAAAGACAACAUCAGCCGCCAAAACAACAACAAGGACAACAAUGUUCAUAAUAAUGAUAUUAAAAUCAAUGGCGGCAACAACGACAACAAAAACAUCAGCAGCAAUAACCACCACCACAACAACAACAACAACAACAACAAACAAACCAAAUUACCCGGAACUGCAGCUACGAGCGGUGGGACUGCUUCUAAACUACCUUCUUCCUCGCUAUUAGGAUUGAAUGACAUGUUGCAAACCCCAUCCAACGAGAAACACCCAAACGAGCCCCAACAACAAGUUACAACCGAGCAACAACCUAACAGAGCAGGUGUUACCCCAUCAGAUGAGUCCGCUCCGCUGAACGAUAAGGGGACACAAGAAACGGAACCAGGACAUGAUAAGUCAGUACUACAUCGUAGCAGCAGCAGCAACACCACAAACAACAACAAUAUCAAACACAACAACAGUAACAACACCACUCCCACCACCGCUAACAAUAACAACAACAGCAGCAACAACAUCAUCACGAACAACAAUACCAAACAAAACAACAGUAACAACAGCAACAACACCACCGUUAACAACAACAACAUCGCAAACAACAAUAGCAAACAAAACAACAGUAACAACCCCACUCCCAUCACU